CAGUACUCUAAGACACUUUUGAUUGUCCCUGCAUAUUUUUUGCACAGUUUUGGUUUUGUGCUCUCAACAUGUACUAUAUAUACUUAUGCACUAUUCUUUUGUGAAAAACAGCAGUCAUAUAGGAUAAUAUGCAAAGUAACUGAUGUUUCCCUUGAUAUUGCAAUCAUAGACAUCAAGGAUGAUUUUCCACAUGUCCCUGCUGACGGCCCAGUGCUGCCUGCUGUUAAUGCCAGGUUUGAUAGAAGCAACAUCUCUUGUGAAAGUAAAAAAUCCUGGAGUGAAUCCACUUAGCAUUGACUCAACUCAAGCACAUGAUUUCUUGGCUAAUUCUCGACCUAAGAGGAGUGCUGACCCAAAGUGGUACCGAAACACACCUGAUUUUCAGUCCUACUACCGCUUCUACAACAGCAUUGGGCACAUUGAAGGAAUCUAUGAGAUUGACAGGAUCAGGAUGCUGUAUCAGACGAUGCGUCACUUGGAGAUGACCCAUGGCCCAGAUGCCUCCAGUUACCAAAACGUCCUGGGUGUCCUGACUACCACUGCAGCACCCACUACAACCACCCAGCCACCUCCACCUCCCACCACCCCUGCUCCUACACCAGACCCUCUGAAGAACGCCCAGAAGAUCUAUCUGUGUAACCCCAAAGACCUACUGUGCAAACCUCAGAUCGUCUACCUGCCAACAGGGGCUGUUCCCGUGCUGUGCGACCCACGACUCAACCCCGCCUGCAGGCCCAAAACAGAGGAGGAGAUAAAGGCUGCAGUUCCUCCUCCACCACCCCCACCUCCUCCUGCUCCCAAAAAGUCUGUCCCACCUCCACCUCCUGUCAUCACUGCUAAAGGUAUGGAGUAUGACUGCGACCCAUACUGGGAUCCUGACUGCCUCAUCGACCACCCUCCCCGCCCUAUCCAGGAAACAACCGCAACGGAGGCACCUGCUGAGGAGAAAGUGGUGAAAGAGGAAGUAGCAAAAGCUGAAGAAAGUGCCCCAGAAGCACCAGCCACCCAGAAACCCUACCCUUACUUUGACCCUUAUGAUUUCAGACAUUACCCCGAUCCAGCUCCGCAACCGCAGUAAAAAACAAAGAGCUUAAGAUAUUAUAGCUUUCUAUGCAGGGCAAGACUACAAAAUUAAAUCACAAAGCCAAACCAAGAGUAAAAAUCAUGCAGAUGAAACAGACAUGUAAGUAACCAAUGCUUUUGUACUUGUAUAGCUUUUCCAGUGACAACCACACCUUUCCUGUAUGUGUGUAUGAGCGUUCAUAAAAAGGUGAUGCACAAUAAACCUUUGUAUAAACAAUAAAUAUAGAA